AUGAGGAGGAGAGAAAAUUCUUGGACUUGGUCAGCAAUAAGAAUAUGAAGUUGGCUGAACGGGUCAUCAUUCCAGCAAAACAGCAUCCAAAGUUCAAUUUUGUGGGGAAGUUGCUGGGGCCACGAGGUAAUUCUCUCAAAAGAAUGCAGGAAGAAACGGGAACCAAAAUGUCCAUUUUGGGAAAAGGAUCAAUGAGGGACAAAGCUUUGGAGGAGGAAAUGAGAAAGAGCGGUGAAAACAAAUACGCACACCUGAGCGAGGAGCUGCACGUCCUGAUUGAGGUGUUUGCUCCACCGUCGGAGGCCUACAGUCGCAUGGGUCAUGCCCUGGAUGAAGUGAAAAAGUACCUCGUCCCAGUAAGAGCCGCACAUGAGAGACCCAUGCUUAAAUUGCAUACGCAGGCCCCGUGUGAGCCUUCUAACAGAGAGACAGAACGCGUGUAG